CGCUCCCGUGCGUGCGUGAUCCUAAUCCCCCGCGCCCGCGGCUACGCAGAUAACACUAGAGCCAUGCACCAGAGCAGCAGGAAGACGACGGGGAAACAGAGGGACGAGGACUAGGUGGAAGCGCACAGGAUGAUGGCGGACGAAGGUGAGGACGCGCCGGUGGCGGCCGUGGCCGUGGGCUUCGGGCUGCCCGAGGAGCUGGCGGCGGUGCUUCCGGCCGACCCGUUCGAGCAGCUGGACGUGGCGCGCAAGAUCACCUCCAUCGCCCUCGCGUCCCGCGUCGGGCGCCUCGAGGCGGAGGCCGCGGCGCUGCGCGCGCAGCUCGCCCAGCGCGACGACACCGCCGAGGACCUCCGCGAGCGCGUCGAGCAGCUCGAGUCCGCGCUCGCGCUCGCCACCGACCGCCUCAGCCGUGCAGAGGACGAGAAGGAGACGGUGCUGAAAGAGAAUGCCAACCUGUCGAACACCGUCAAGAAGCUGAACAGAGACGUCGCCAAGUUGGAAGUUUUCAAGAAGACGCUUAUGCAGUCACUUCAGGAAGAUGAUGACAAACCUAACAUUACUCCCAGGGCAAAGCUCACGGAAACUUCGAAUUUCUCCUCUGCGCCAUCUGCUGGAGAUGAAGAUUCAGAAUUUCCAACUUCCAAAUCAUCACAGCUGUCAGAAACUGCAAGUUCUGCUUCAGAGGAAAGUAGUCACGCUGAGCCAGAUGUACCUAGGCCACCCCGCACGCAUGUAUAUAUCCCGUCAUACAACAGCACACCAAAGCUUACUCCUCCAGGUUCACCUCCAAGGGGCUAUGCGCCACUCUCACCACCAAGGCGGCAUUCAAUCUCAAUUGCAUCAAUGAACAGGCUCGAUGACAGAUCUUCGCUCUUUUCCAGUCAACAUAGUUCAAUGACAUCUCCAUUUGAGGCAGCAAGUCAAACAGCACGAACACGAGUUGAUGGAAAAGAGUUCUUUCGUCAAGUCAGAAACCGCAUGUCUUAUGAGCAGUUCAGCGCGUUCCUAGCCAAUGUAAAGGAGCUGAACGCACACAAGCAGACAAGAGAGGAUACACUAAGAAAGGCUGAUGCAAUCUUUGGCCCUGAAAACAGUGACCUGUACACCAUCUUUGAGAGUCUAAUUACCCGCAGUCAUCAUUAGAGUCCUAAAAUCAGAAUCUUCUCUUACGAUUACUUAUGAUCCAGGUUUUGCUGGCUUUGUGAUUCAUAUGGUUGCUAUUUAUUGUAUUUAAAAUUUGUAGAAGUCACCUCCUAUCAUUGCAUAUUUCGGGUAUAUAGUUUUAAAAUUCCGUGCUGCUGUUAAUGUAAAGUCCUGAAUUAUCUGUAAGCUACAGCUGUUACAUAUAAAUACAAAUGCAAAAUUUGCAAUUCGGAGGCAAUGGUUCUUCCCCUCCUAAAUUUA